UAGUUUUACAAGGUCUUCAAUUGGUAUGGAGUUCCGCCUAAUAUGAAGGCGCAGUCAAUUAGCAAUGAACAAAACGAAUUUUGCUUAAGCUCUCUCUAGCGUACAAAGUUAUUAGGGUUACUGUUGAUACUUGAUACGGAUUGCACCUACGAACAAAUCACUACAUCAUUUUAGUGGGAGAAGGAGCUGAGGGCCAAAUUAUAAUUAUUCAAUCUAAUGAUUUGGGAAAUCAGAUACUACUAUACAGCAAUUGCGUUGAGCAAGACUUGGACGGCGCUUGUUUAAAUGGAACCAGAAGAAGAGCCGCACCAAAAGCGUCCUCGUCUCAACAAUCACGACGUCUCCAUUGCUCGCCACUCUGCUUCUCCUCCUCCUCCAGAUGAGGAUAAACCUGUUGAUGCUGCAGAUCUUCAAUACCAGAACCAGAAACUUGUACAUCAGUUAGAAACACAGAAGCAAGAGUUGCAUGAUCUUGAAUCCAAUAUAAAAGAAUUAAAAGUGAAGCAGACUUCAUAUGAUGUCAUUUUGAUAAAAGUGAACCAGCUUUGGAACCAGUUGGUUGACGAUAUUAUUUUACUUGGAGGACAAGCGGGAGCUGGCCUAAAUGCUCUACAAAGUUUGGAUCAUUUAGAAUCUUCUCGAGGCUCUAUUCCAUCAUGUGCUGCGGAAGACAUAUUUCUUUGUAGGUUAAUACAAACAGAUGCUAUUGAUGGCAGCCACAAGGAUGGUUCUAUCGGUUAUGUUAAAAAAUCUCUUGCAUUGCGUCAGACUUCUACUAGGGAGUUGAUGAAAUUACUUCAAGAUGCCAUCGAUUGUCAAAGCGUCAAACUCAAGGACAUAGCUCAAACUCUGUUGGGGAAUCCCUCCUCAGAAGAUGCUGUCGCCCAAUUGCGUAAGCUUGAUAAUGUAAUGUUAGAGGAGUCCAGGAACCUUCAUCAGAUGGUUGAUGCGCUUCACUCUAAACACAAACAAUAUGCUGAUGAGAUUCAAGCUUGCAUUGACAAUCAUUCACUUGAUCAAUUGGAGAUCAAACGCAUUGCUGGAGAGCUGGAAGAAAGCAUGGGCGAACUUGAAGAAAGUAGAAGAAAACUAAUUAGCCUGAAAAUGCAAAAAGAUGGUAUUUCUGGGAUGCACGUCCCAAUUCCUGUUCCUGUAAUAGUUCCUAAUUUAGUGAAUGGAACUGUCUCUCCUGAAAAGCCUGCUGACCGGUCAAAGCGUUUAAGAGAACUUAAAGAUUCAACUGAGGAGAUAAAGGUUCUGGCACAGGAUCGCCUUUCUGAGCUUGAAGAUGCACGUGAUGACAACCUUAUUUUGUCAAAGCAGCUGCAACAUCUUCAGAAUGAACUGAAGGAAGACAAGUAUAUUCACACUUCUAGGCCAUAUGCCUUGUUGAACGAUCAGUUUCAGCACUGGAAUGCGGAGGCAGAGCGAUAUAAAAUUUUGACAGAAUCUUUGCAAGUUGAAAGGCCUUUCAUCAUGAGGAGGGAGAAAGACUUGAUCUAUAAGGGAGAGUCUAUGGAUUCGGCUAGGAGUGCUAUUGGUUGUUCUGAGUCAAAGGUUGAAGAACUACAGAAUCAACUGCAAUCAAUUGUUACUCAGAAGAAUGAGAUGGAGCUCAAAAUGGAAGAAGCUCUGCAAGAUUCAGGAAGAAAAGAUAUCAAAGAAGAGUUCCAGGUAAUGGCUUCUGCUUUGACAAAAGAAAUGGGGGUGAUGGAAAGCCAGUUAAACAAGUGGAAAAUAACAGCAGAUGAGGCCAUUUCCUUGCGUGAGAAAGCUCAAUCACUCAGUGCCUUACUGGAUGUAAAGACCGCUGAAUUGAAGAAUUUGGUUGCUGAGUGUACUCGGCAAAUGGAUGACAUCAAGUCUUUAAAGGAUAUGGCUGAGAAAAUGGAGAAGGAUAAACAAGAGCUGGAAAUUUUCUUGGAUAUGUUGGGUCAACAAAUUUAUGAUAACAGAAACUUGUCAGAGAUUCAAGAAUCAGAACAUAGAGCUCUGUUGCAAGCUGAAAGUCUGAGGAAUGCCCUAGAAGAACAUGGCUUGGAAUUGAGAGUUAAAGCAGCUUAUGAAGCUGAGGCAGCAUGCCAACACAGACUUUCUGUUGCUGAAGCUGAAAUGGCUGAAUUAAGGACAGAAUUAGAUACUUCUGAGAGAGAUGUCUUGGAACUCAAGGAAGCCAUCAAGAUCAAGGAAGGAGAGACUGCAUCCUUUAUAUCUGAAAUUGAGACUAUUGGUCAAGCUUACGAAGAUAUGAAUGCUCAGAACCAGCAUUUGCUGACGCAACUGACUGGAAGGGAUGAAUAUAACAUAAAGCUGGUGUCUGAGAGUGUUAAAGCAAGGCAAUCACAAAACGCAUUGCUCUCUGAGAAACAAGGGUUAGAAAAGCAACUUGAACAGCUUAAUGGAUCUCUUGAAGCCUUGAAGUCUAGAAUAGCUCAAAGUGAGGAACAGAUGAAACUUCUCCACCAAGAAAUUCUGAGUUCCAUUCAGGAUGACAAACACUUAGCAAUGAACCUUGAAGCUGCAAAGUGGGAAUUAGUUGACGCAGAGAAAGAACUGAAGAUGCUGAAAUCCACUAUUUCAAUUUCCGAGAAGGAACAUGAGCAGAUCCAGCGAAAAAUAGAUGAUAUUCAAACCGAACUAGACAAUGAAAGAAGCGAGAGAAAGAAGCUUGAUGAAGAAAUGAUAGAAUUGAAUAGUACAGUAGAGAAGCUGACUGCUGAAACCGGUGAGGCUGCAAUACAGAAACUUCAAGACGAGAUAAAAGACUGCAAGGCAAUACUCAAGUGCGGAGUGUGUUUUGAUCGGCCUAAGGAGGUUGUGAUUGUGAAAUGCUUCCAUCUAUUCUGCAACCAAUGCAUCCAGAGGAAUCUAGAAAUCCGUCACCGAAAGUGUCCUGGUUGUGGAACGGCAUUCGGCCAGAGCGACGUUCGGUUUGUGAAGAUUUAAAGUAAUUCUGAAUCUCUAGUCGUAGUCUUGGUUAUAGGGCACAGCCAAAUAUUCGGCAUGUAAAUCAUCUAACUAUGCGUGGGCGUGCGUAUGUGUCGCUGUCAAAGUUUUCUAUUAUCUUGAGCUCUUGGACUUGACCA